GGUUAUGAGAUGGUAGAACAUUGUUUAUGGGAAUAAAAGUGAUAGCGACCGAAAAGUUACUAUUUAAGUGUGAUAUAUUCCAAUGAUGUUGUAAAAAAAAGUUUUCACAAUUGCAUGUUUUCGGUAUUGCUAUUCUUGCUUUGCAUCUUCGAGAAUGACUGAAUACAAACUGGUUGUUGUGGGUGCGGGUGGCGUUGGGAAAAGUGCAUUGACAAUUCAACUUAUACAAAAUCAUUUUGUGGACGAAUAUGAUCCUACAAUAGAAGAUUCUUAUCGGAAACAGGUUGUGAUUGACGGAGAGACGUGUUUGUUAGACAUAUUGGACACAGCAGGUCAAGAAGAAUAUAGUGCUAUGAGAGACCAAUAUAUGAGGACUGGUGAAGGUUUUCUUUUAGUUUUCGCAGUUAACAGUGCAAAAUCCUUUGAAGAUAUUGGAACUUAUCGCGAGCAGAUCAAAAGGGUUAAAGAUGCAGAAGAAGUCCCGAUGGUUUUAGUUGGGAAUAAGUGUGACCUACCAUCGUGGGUAGUUGAUACAAAUCAAGCACGCGAAAUAGCCAAGCAGUAUGGAAUCCCCUUCGUCGAAACAUCAGCAAAAACACGUAUGGGUGUUGACGACGCAUUCUAUACCCUUGUACGAGAAAUCAGAAAAGAUAAGGAGCACAGAGGACGAGAAAAACGAAAAAGAUUGAGAGGAACCCACAAAAAGAAGAGAUGCUGUUUGCUGUAGAGGUUUAAUCACUUUAACUUAUAACUAUAUUUCUUUUAAUAUUAAAAUUUUUCUAAUCUCGUUCCAUAAUUGCAUAUGAUGAGCAAUUAAUUCUUCUUUGCAUUUGCUAUGGUUGUUAGAAGCAUAAAAGCUGCUUAUACUUCCACUGUGAUUUCCACUCAGCUGUUGUCCUUUUUUUCUGUUUGCAAAGAAAAUAAAGAAGUUUCCCGUGUGUGUCAAACCGAAAAACUGCCAAGAAAUGGGAAAAAUUGAUGCUCACAUAUGUUUUGAUAAGAGAUUUUUUUAUUGUUAUUAUUAUAAAUACUUGCCUUCAUUGUAUAAGUUUAUUUUGUCAUCGAGAUCUUUUUAUUAUGUUAUUUAUACUGCCAGUAACUUUAGUGUUUACAUUUUCUGAAUAAAUGAGUCAUGUUUGCAAUAACAUUUGACAAAUGGUACUCCUAUUUGAAAGUCUUAAGCACAAAUUCCAGUGUAGCUGAUUUUGCAUUAUAUAUGAUGUGCACAAUUCAUAAUUUUUUUAAACUCUGUGCUUCAAGGUAUGUAAACUUUUAUUCGUGUGUGUGUGUGUGUGUGUGUGUGUGUGUGUGUGUGUACAGUUAUCAUUAUAAUUAUUUACAGUUCCCUUGUGAUACCUUUUGACAUUUAAUAUGUCUUGUCAUACAGUUAUAAAAAUUUUGUUCUUUUGUAAUUCUGGUCACUGCAGGCAGAUGUUCACCUUUGUCAUUUUUUUAAAAGUAUGUUUCGUGAAAUGAAUAACUUGUGUACUGAGAGUUAUUGUGAAGUGAACAGGCUGAUGCUGAACAGUAGAAGUUACAAUCAGCGUAAAAGUGCUUGGGAGACUUUCAGAUAUCUUGAUCACAAUUUUAUUAUUCCAGUACACCUCACAUGUUUCAACAUUACACCAUUAUCAGAGGCAAAUGCUUUAUGCCAUUAUUACUGUGAAUCAGUAGAAACUUGUCCAAAUGGGUACCUGGUAUCUAGUCACCAUUCCUUCAUAACAAGCAAUUGCAAACUGAUAUUAAGCAUUUGCCUUUGAUUAUGACGUAAUAUUGAAAAGUGUAAUACAUAUUGCAAUAUGGCCUAGUAAAAUUGUGGCCAAGACAUCUCAAAAUGUUAAAAUGAACAAUAUAACUGAAAGAUUAAGUUGCUGUCUUAUUGAUAUGAAGAGAGUUAUCAAAUUGUGGAGCUGUACUAGUUAUAAGUCUUCUGAGAAAGGAUAUUGAGUGCACGAAGGAGACUGUAUCAGUAAUGAACAGGUAAUACAGCCAUUUUUAAAAAAAAUAUAUGUAUAUGCUUUAACUUGUGGAAACACUUAAAUUGGUGAACUUAAUUAGACUAAGUACAGUUGUGUAAAAUUGAACAACUUUAAAUAAAUUUCAUUUUCAUGACUUCAACUGAAUAUAUAAGUUGGGUGGACAUGGUCAGGCACAAGUAGGAUAAUUGUUUUAAUGAUAAAUGACUUUUGGUAAUACUGAUAUUAAAGCAAAUAACUUUUUAUUACUAUCUGCUGUCACAAGUGAACAUUUUCUAUUUGUCCAAAUGUUCUGUGUGUUACAAAGAAUUAUGUACUAUUAUAGUCCAAAGACACAAAUUCAGUUAAGUAGGUGUUUUUCAAUUAUAAAUUUAGUGUUUUUUUAUUGCUGUGUUAUUACAAAUUUCACAAGUAUCUAUUGAUGUUGUUAAUAAAGCUUAAUUAAAAUUUUUGUUAGCAGUAUAUCGCAUCUCUCUUUUGAAAGACCUACAUUCCCUAAGAGAAGCAUUUCCUGUCUUCAGCAUAUUACGUAUAUUGUGCAGAGACUAUCUCAGGUAGUAAAAUGAAGCUCAUGAGAGUCCAGUAAAAAGUUUUAAAAAAUGUUCCCUAUUACAAAUCUGAUUACUAGUUGUAUUAGUGGAACCAUUUUUGUUUUUGUUUGAAGCUCCAUUUUUUAUGUUAAGAAGAGCUGGAACUGAGCAUUAGAACUUAUUUAAAAUUUCAGCUUCUAAUUACCCUUGAAAACUAAUUUCGUAAGGUAAUGCA